AUGUUUAUUUAUAGAUCAUUCGUCUGGAAAUAUUUUUUAAAAAAAGAAAGUAAAAGCAGAUUAGUUGUAGAGUAUAUGUUUUGUAAUAAAAGCUUGAAAGUUCGAGAAGAUAGAUCUACUUCAAGCUUUAGAAAGCAUCUUGCUUCCCAACAUAAAAAUAAAGUGCCAGAGUUGAAAACAUCAAAUAUAUCACAGGGUAUUACUGUUUUAGAUAUGUUAAACAAUAAUAAUGUGAAUCGGAAUUAUGAACCUUUUGACUCCAAAAUCCUUACUGAUCUCAUUAAAAAGUGGGUGAUUAAGUAUAAUUGGUCUUUUCAUAUAAUUGAAGACGAAGGUUUUAAAGACAUAUUGACAUAUUUAGAGCCACGUACAAUGG